GGUCGCUCAGAUCCUCGUCCUCCGCAGAUCAUGGAUAGGUAUAUUUCGCGGCCUCCCGUGCGAGAAGGAUGCUGGUGUUGCGGCUCCUUUAUAUUCGAGCUUGACGCGUGUUGUUACUGUUCUUGUCGGGGAAGUUGAGGAUGUCUACUCCGCAGACCCUUGUUGACGGCGGCGCGACGCCUGCGACGAGGCAUUCGCCGGCUGGUGGCAAUCACCAUCAUCAUUUUCAUCAUACGGGGAGGAGACUCCGGCAUUUUCUCAGACCUGAUGGGAGAAAGGUCCAUAUUGCAGGUUCGCCAGAUGAAGCGAAUCUGCUUCGGAAGACGCUCUCAACGACCGAAAAGGAGGGAGGUUUCGAUCUCGUUAUCCAUGGAUCUCCGGAACACAUCGAAGCUCUUCGGCACACGCACCAGCACCAUGAAGACCAUCACCGCCAGCUGAAGGAAGAGCAUGGCGAUCUCGCUGAUGAGUUCGAGAGAGUCAUUCGCGAGCUGGAUGCGCUGUCUAACGAGCUGCACAUGAUCUCAGAGCACGCCGUACAGCUUGACGCCAACUUUUCAAAGUACGGAUACUCGGCUCACCUGCGCACGAAAGAAUCGCCCUCCUCAUCUAGCGCGCCGUCGCUCUACGACUCGGAUGGCCAGACCUUCGACAAGGACCAAUGGCACGCCGAGCGCAAGCUCGGGACUACGAUGCGGUUCUACCAGAAGCCCAUUGUACGACAGUACUUCCACAAGGGCCUCCUCUGGCGCGCGCGAGAAGCGCAGGAAGUUGCUUCUUACGAGCUAUUUAUCGACCUGUUCUAUGUUGGCAUCAUCGCUAUUACAGGCGACAAUGCAGCCGAGCAUCCCACCGGCGAGUCGCUGCUCCGCUUCAUCAUCACGUUCGUCAUGGGCUGGAAGUUCUGGAGCGACAUCGCGGUCCUAAUCUCCUGGUUUGACAGCGAUGACGUCCUCCGCCGCUUCUCCGUCUUAUUCAUCCUAACCUGUCUCUUGGGCUUCACGACAAACAUGGCCGCAGCCUUCGAGCACACAUACACGCCCCUCGUCGCCUUCUACCUCGCCGAGCGCCUCUACAUCGCGAUCGCGCUUUUCUGGAACGCUUACCAGAUCCCCAUGGUGCGCGGCUCCAUGGUCGGAAACGGCAUGACUAUUAUCGUACCCGCCGCGCUCUGGAUCGCUAGUAUCCACGUCGAGGAGCCUGCACGCCAAGGGCUCAUCUGGCCGGCCAUGGCGCUCGAUAUUUUCGGCCAGAGCAUCAUGAUCAUGUUCCAGCGGCCGCACUCGUGGAUGCCGGAGAAGUUCACGGCGUGGGCGAAACGAACGUUCGAGUUCUUUCCCGGUGCGAACAUCGAGCAUAGGAUUGAGCGGACAGGGGCAUUCGUUACUCUGGUCUUCGGAUCAUGCGUGCUGGGACUGCUGUACCAGAGCGCUGUUGGGUUCGGCAUCAACGCUUUCUUUGGGAAAGCGGUGCUAGGGUUGAUUCAGGCUUUUACGUUUAACUGGAUUUACUUCGAGAUAGACUCUUUCAACCUACAUACGCAUGCGAUUCGAAGGCAUGUGGCUUCUGCGCUCGUAUGGUUCUCUGCGCACCUGCCCUUCAUCAUGGCCUUCGUCCUCUCCUCCUCCGCACUAGCCGUCCUCGUGCGCGCACACGACUGUCCCGAUGCACCUGUCGACUCCCUCUAUGAGACCUUCAUCCCACGCUCCGAAGAGCACAUCUCUCCGGGCUUGAAAUGGUUCUACUGCGGCGGCCUCGGCAUUUCCCUCUUCUGCAUGAGCAUCAUCGCCGCCUCGCACACGCACAAGAAAAUCCCACAUCAGCGGCUAGGCAAGAACAAGCGUCUCGCCAUCCGGACGCUCAUCUCCAUCGUCAUCCUUCUCCUCCCGCUUGCGCACCUCAACUCUUUGGAGCUUAUUGCGACGACGACGGGACUGGUUGUUUGUGUACUGGGGCUGGAGUUGUUCGGCGCAUCGUGCGUGGGCGAUAAUAUCCUGUGGGAUAGGAAUUGCGGGAGGAAUAAGUGUAGGUAUGAUGCCAAAUGUUCGGUGGGGAGGGAGGAGCUGGAGAAGUGUAAGAAGGAGGGUGGUGUGCUUAAUGUGGAGGAGAUUGCGAAGGGUGAGAGGGGGGAGAAGGGGUGUGUUGGGACGGUGUGAUGUGUCUGCUGGGCUGCGGAUAAGGCAUCCUGAAUUGCUUCAACGCUGGACCUGGUACGAGAAUUUAUAGACCAGAUGCUGUAUUAUCAUGUUGCGAGAAUGCUCCGGCGUGUGACGAAGCCGAGUUCCGUUCGUGGUGGUGUUAACAGGCGGCUGGACGACGGUACGACGCAUCUAGACGUUGGACAUAUUCAUAAAUGACCAAACAGGAAUC